UAAUGACUUUCUUCAUAAAUAUAUAUUUCUCUUCAUAAAUUUAUACACACAAAAAACCAUGUUAAAAGAGCGCAACUCGAUUAUCCGCGUUUGUGUUGGGCUAUUACUGAAUAAACACACACAAAAACUAUGGCGCAACUCGAUUAUCCGCGUUUGUGAUGGUCUAAUUUCGAAUAAAUACACACAAAAAACCAUGUUGAAAGGGCGCAAUUCGAUUAUCCGCGUUUGUGUUGGGCUAUUACUGAGUAAACACAAACAAAAACCAUGU